CACCUGUCUUCGUAAGCGGGGUUCCCCUGAAGCUCCCGCGCGCCUGUCCACUCAAACCAGGCUGCGCACGUGCGUCCCGACGCCGCCCCUGCACCUCCGCCCCAGAAAAGGAGAAAAAGAAAAGAAAAGAAGGCCGGGCUGCGGGGAGCGCGGGGCGGUCCUGCGCGCCCAGCCGGCUCGCGGGCGGCGCGGCCGUUGCCCCGGCGACGCGCACAGCAGCGGCGCCACCCCCGGCGGCCACCGCCGGCUCCCAGCGCGCCAUGGCGGACAUGCGCUCGCGUCGCAGACUGCGAAAGAGGAAGGAGGGCCCGGGGUCGAAGAGGGCCUCGGCGCCCGAGGAGGAGGAGCCGCAGGAGGAGCCGGAGGAGGAGCGGGUCCUGCUGGGCCCCUCCGCCGAGUUCUGCGACGACGACCUCUGGAAGGUCGUGGAUCUCUUUGACAGCAAAGAAGGCUUCCUGGUCUCGCAGCCCCGCUUAGCCAGCGUGGUCAGCCCCAGUCUGGGCUCCACGUCCACGCUCACCCAGCAGUCGAGCGCCUCGGAGAGCCAGGCGUCCAGCUUCGGGACGCCGCCCAGCGAGAGCCGCACGCCGAGCCAGAGCCCGCUCUCCAGCACCUCCUCCCGGAAAAGUUUUCCUAAAAUAUUCGAAACAUUUAAGAAAGACACAUCUGAAAUAAAUUUAGAUAGGAGCAUCUACCAAGAUCUGUACUCGGGUAUUCCGAUGUCGGUGCAGACGGAAGAGAGCUGGCUGCAGGACAUGUCCAGUGCAAAGGACGAGGGGGCAAAGACGGACCUGGACGCACAGGAAGCAGAGGCGGGGCUGCUGGCGUCCAGGGUUAGAGAUACGUGGGUCAUCAACCCGGAAGAGACCGACCUGGGCGUGCUGUGCGAGCUGGAGUUCGGGGAGGACUUCACCAAGCUCUUCCAGCCUCCCCUGAGGACGCUGCCCAGCGUGGGGCCGCCGGCCAUCUUGGCCUACAAACAGGAGCAUUCCAGCGUGGCCACUGACCUCAAGGAGGAAGAGGAGGAUCUCUCGCCCAAGUGUGAAUUUUGUGGAAGUGACCUCCACUCGUUUUAUUCGCGCGUGGACAUUUGCUCUGACCACGUCUCCUUGGGCCCAGAAGGACAGACCCCCUGUUGUCUCCAUUUCCAAAAUCUCAUCGACUACAUCUACGAGGAGAGUCAGGAGGUCAAGGGCUCCGCGUCCGAGCUGAUCAGGAUCGAGCCGCACGCAGCCCACGGCCCCGAGGCCGAGCGCCUCAAGGCCAAGGAGAAGGCGCAGCGCAGGAAGCAGGAGCGGAUGGCGGCCAGGCACUUGGCGAUAAUGGCCAGAACCGAGCAGACGAAUAUCUUCGAAGAAGAUUCAAAGCGCUUAAAAACAAUUUCUUAUCAACUUUCUGUGGAUGUUCCAAAACCAAAGCAGACUGAAGAGCCACUGUUUGAUUUUUAUCUAACACACAGCAAUAUAUCCAUUCUUUGUUGUGAUUCUAGGAAAGCAUGUGGAAAGGUGGUGAGUGACGAGCUCCUGGAGAAGCACUACAAACAUGGGGGCAAAUUCCUGACUUCGUUUCCAGACGGGAGCACACAGAUAUUCUAUCCAUCUGGAAAUCUAGCCAUCAUCCAAGUGCCUAACAAGACCAAUGGUUCCACUUGUAUCAUCCAAGAAGACGUACCCACGAACCCUGCCAUCCUGGCGCUGCUGGAUUCCUCGGGCAGAAGCUCCUGCUACCACCCCAAUGGAAACGUCUGGGUGUGCAUCAACCUUUUGGGAGGUCAGUAUUCAGAUCAAGCUGGCAACAGGACAAGAGUCUGGACCUGGUCAAGUUCCCUCACGGCCUCGCCCUUGGUUUCAUUCAAGCCUGUCUUUCUGGCUUUGAAUCAUCACGUUGGAAUUCGAAUCUUAGAACAAGACAAGAUCACCAUCACCUUUCUAGCAAUGGGACAACAGGCAAGAAUCAGCAUGGGAACCAGAGUGAAGGUGCUCCGCCCCGAGGAGAUCCCGGCGCUGUGGCACGUGAGCGCAGAGGACCUUCUGCUGCUGGCCAGCUUGAUAAAGAUCCGCAGGCUGUUCCACAGGCUGGAGGGCGGCACGAACUUCCCCUCCAGCCAGGUGUGGGGAAAACUAAAGCCGCCUUCCUACCUUUCUUCACUCUCGCUAAAACUAAUUGCCCUCUGUCACAAUUCAGGUGCCAAGAAGGACAUAAUCACAACAAUCAGAGACAGAAUAAAGGAGAACAUUUAACUGGAGUGUGGCGCUGUCCUUGAUUUUUGCUGUUUUCAAAUGUUGACUUUGCAUUUAUUUAUUUUCUGUUUUUCCGUACCAUUGUUUUGUUAAGGGAUUUUUGGGGGGCACGAUUGGGAAAUCUCAAAAUAAGUGUGCCACAUGACUAGAACGUGCCAAGAAAUACGCUGUUUUAUGAGUCCUAAGUCCCAAACAUCCUGGGGGAAGCCGACCCGGUCAGAGCAUCCCGGGUCGGAACUGUCAGGAAGGCAGAGGGCAGGGAGCGGACGCUCAGAGCUGCCCUGGAGGGGCGAGGAGGGGACAGCCCUGCCACCUCCACCAAGUCCAGAGCUGACCACCGCCAUCGAUCGCAGCUGCCUGCAGCACCUGUGUGAGGGGCUCAGGACGCUCAGCGUGGCCCAGGGAGGGCAGGAGCGGUCAUCUGCCUGACACGCAGCGGCUGCUGCAAACUCUGGCUGUGGCUUUGGCGGGCAGUCACCGCGCCGGGCAAGGUUGUGUGGAUCCCGUGUUGGCCAUUUCCUGUGCUCUGGGGAGGGAGGGGGCCUUGCAGACUCCGCGAUGGCAGUCAGCAGUGCCCUCAGCUCCGUCAGGCUCAUGAAGCACAGAAAGCAGAGCCCAGCCGGGGCACCUGGACCCACAGCGCCUGGACUCCCGGCUCAGUGCUCUGUUCUGCGAGGGAGGGAGCAAUGCAGUCUGGGGCACAUCCUCAAUUCGUAAUUUGGCAUUAAUGUGCAACGUGAGGGGUUAAGCCUACCCCGUUUGAAACUUAGCAUCUCCUCUGACAAAGCCUUUGGUUAGCUUGCUCUCCAGGAACCUGGUUAACAGUGAAGAUUGCGGAUUAUUUUAAAAUUCCUACUCUUGGAAUCCCCAUUGCUGUCUUUGUGAAAAACAAGUUGCUAGACUCAUCUCUCAAUUGAUGCUACACGUCCUUGUUGUUUUUGCCUUCAGAUGCUUCCUUGUGAUUGCUGAGUGAAUUUUUAGUUUACAUUAAGUGAAACAAAUAUUGAUUAAGCUGGAAUGUAUUGCACAGCUCAUUGUAUCAAAGCCCUCACUGAGAUCUGAUUUUGUACAUCAUUAAAAACGACUUUAAGGGUGCCAGAACCACAGAGAUGCCGCACAAGGUCGGGAUUCACUGGGUUAGCAGAAUAAUGGACAUCAUCUUUCACCCAGUACUUCACAUUUCAUGCCAGUGUGUUGUCUUGAAUUAAACUUACCUUUCGUAAGUUAACAACGCUGCAUAUAAUAAAGGGAAUUAUGUUGCUCUUU